UAUCAGUGCCAAUCAGUGCCUCCUGUCAGUGUUGUCUAUCAGUGCCAGUCAGUGCUGCCUAUCAGUGCCAUCAGUGCCUCCUCAUCAGUACCCAUCACUGCAGCCUCAUUAGCGCACAUCAGUGAAGGAGAAAAAUCACUUAUUUACAAAAUUGUAUAACAGAAACUAAAAAAAAGUUUUUUUUUCAAAAUUUUCACUGGUUUUUGGUCUGUUUAGCAAAAAAUAAAAAACCCAUUGGUGAUUAA